CCUUAUAUUUUGGUGCAUCUGUCUCUCUCCACCUUUCAUUUCUCUUUCUGCUUUCUUUAACUUUUACCUUAGGCGGACCGAACGAGGUACUCUGAAAAAGCCAUCGGAAAAAUGGCUCUGAAACUCAAUCCGACGACGUUUCAAUCCAUUAAAACGACAACGUUUCCUUGUUCUCCACUCAGAUCUCAUAGAGUUUUCAUGGCUUCAACACUUCGUCCCCCGUCUGUGGAAGGUGGAAGUGUGAAGAAGCCAUUCAGUCCUCCACGUGAGGUGCAUGUUCAAGUUACCCAUUCCAUGCCGCCAGAGAAGCGUGAAAUCUUUGAUUCCUUGCAAGAUUGGGCUGAGAAUAAUAUCUUGGUGCACCUAAAGCCUGUCGAGAAGUGUUGGCAGGCCAGUGACUUUCUUCCGGAUCCUGCAUCGGAAGGAUUUGAGGAGCAGGUCAAGGAACUGAGGGAGAGAUGCAAGGAAAUUCCUGAUGACUACUUUGUUGUAUUAGUUGGAGAUAUGAUCACAGAGGAGGCUCUUCCAACUUAUCAGACGAUGCUUAACACCUUAGAUGGCGUUCGUGAUGAAACUGGUGCCAGCCUUACUCCUUGGGCUAUUUGGACUAGGGCAUGGACUGCCGAGGAAAAUAGGCACGGUGACCUUCUCAACAAGUAUCUGUAUCUUUCUGGAAGAGUUGAUAUGAGGCAAAUUGAAAAGACAAUUCAGUACCUCAUUGGCUCAGGGAUGGAUCCUCGCACGGAAAACAACCCGUAUUUGGGUUUUAUCUACACUUCCUUCCAAGAGAGAGCUACCUUCAUUUCUCACGGAAAUACAGCUAGGCAUGCUAAGGAGCAUGGGGACUUGAAACUAGCACAGGUAUGUGGUAUAAUUGCUGCAGAUGAGAAGCGCCAUGAAACUGCAUAUACCAAGAUUGUGGAGAAGCUGUUUGAAGUCGAUCCAGAUGGCACUGUACUGGCUGUUGCUGACAUGAUGAGGAAAAAAAUCUCGAUGCCAGCUCAUCUGAUGUAUGAUGGCAGGGAUGACAACCUCUUCGAACACUUCUCUGCUGUAGCUCAACGCCUCGGCGUAUACACUGCAAAGGAUUAUGCAGACAUUCUUGAAUUUCUGGUGGGAAGAUGGGAAAUGGAGAAAUUGACUGGUCUUUCUGGCGAAGGACGCAAAGCGCAAGAUUAUGUAUGUGGACUGGCUCCGCGUAUUAGAAAAUUGGAGGAGAGGGCACAAGCCAGGGCCAAAGAGAAGGCUCCCGUUCCUUUCAGCUGGGUAUUUGGUAGAGAGAUUAAGCUCUGAAUGCUAUAUGUUUGAAGGGUUAUGUUUACUUUCCGAACACCAAUCGCCAUAGGAAUUGGUAGAAAAAAAAUUCAGGGUAUGGUAUCUAUCAAGUAAGUAUUUGUCAUCCCUUUGUAGGGAAGAUGCUAUGGAGUUAAAAUUGCUCCUCUAGAAUCCUGUAGAUACCUUAAAUUUUGUUUUUGUCUAGCAAUUGUUUUGGUAAUAUCAAGAAAAAGGACAGCCUUAAGUUUUACCUCCCCUUUUAGCGCAUGUAAGUUCUUUAUGAGUUGGAUAUAUGAAAUGUUGAGUGGCUAUGUAUAAGACGAUUGAUGUUAUAUGUUGCUCUAAUUUGACUAUUAAGAGUGCUAUGUAUAAGACGAUUGAUGUAAACUGCUAUGGUUUACAGUCAAUAGUUAUUAACAAA